AUGGGGUUUGAAGAAGCCCCCCUGGCCGUCGGGUCGCGCGUCGACGUCCGGGGCGGCCUCGGCGUCGUCAAGUUCGUCGGCGAGGUCCACUACGCCUCGGGCGAGUGGAUCGGCGUCGCGCUCGACGAGCCGAAAGGGGGCAACGACGGCACGGUCAAGGGCGAGACCUACUUCGUCUGCAACCCCAAGCACGGCGUCAUGGUCCGCCGCGCCGAG